GCUAAAGCAUUCUAUAAGCACUUGUUUCUAUAAGCACAACAUAUUCCACCGUAGUCCCAACUCAGAAAGCUUAAACUCCCAAUCACCGCUCCCCGCAUCGCCUCAACUUCACCACCUCCACUUCACCGCACUUCACCCCCCUCUCCUUCUCAGGUCUCGGUACAUACUGCUGCAAUGUGGUUCAAAAGAGCUUCAUUCACCUACCGCACCUUCACCCCCCCGCGCUCCAUCCACCGCCACACCCGCAAGUUCUUCAUCAAGCUCCGCGAACCUGCUCCUCCCUCUCCCGCCUCAUCUCCUGCUUCUGCUCUCCGCACCUCCUACUCUGCCCUUUGGAAACAGUUAUUCGGUUCUCAGCAUCUGCACUGGCACUCAUGGCUAGCAGCAGACCACUCCCGCAGCUUCAACUCCUCCUGCUCGCCUCGCGUCCAUGACCCUGCUGACUCCCCCCCUUCUGAUCCUGACCUGGCCGAAGACUACGAGAUCGAUCUCAUUACAAUGUCUCGUCGUCCAAAGCGCAAGCCGCAGAAGCCCAGUUCUGAUUCUGAGUCUAAAGCUGAGCCUAAAGCAGAGUCUAAGCAGCAGCCAAAGCAGCAGUCCAAGUCGGCUUCCUCGCGCAUUGAGAACGUCCAGCGGCUCGUAUCGGAGGAUAUCGCGGCUGAGGAAUCUAGACCUCGGUCUUCUUCCUCUUCCUCUUCCUCUCCCUCCAAGAAACAGAAAAAGGCAUCAAAAGCUCAUAACUUUGAGGACGAGAUCGUCUCACCCCGAUCUACCCCUCCCAAGCCCAUCGAUCCAGUCAUCAUCGAUCCAGCCAUCGAUCAUGACCCUUUCCAACCAGAAGCCACCGGAACCACCGACGCCAAAGACAUCUCCGCAAUAAGAGGUCCGCUCUAUCUAGCCAACCUCCGCGAAUCCGCCGAAUCCCACAAACGCGAGCUCGAAUCCGUCACCGCCCGCGUCGACGGUCUAAACCAGCGUCUCCAAGCCCUCGAGAGCUCGAUCUGGAAGAUUGACGAUUCAGUGCAGACCGCGUGCGAACGCGUCGCCGGACUUGGCGACGAAUAUCGCAAGGAAAUAUCCCGCGUGCGCGAGUCUCUUGAAUCCAAGCAGUCCCACGCCGCUCAUCUUUCCGCGUCAAAACUAGAUGACCUCGAAAGCUCGAUGCAGUCACGUAUCGAUCGCACGAUCAACGCCGUCGCGCUUCCGCUCGCAGACAAGCUUGCCGCGCUUGAGAAACGGCUUGAGGACGUGCUGGAUGAGGUGCCGCAGCAGACUAAGCUCGAGUUUUUUGGACGCCAGCUGGUUGAGCGGUCGAUCGAGAGUUCAAAGGCGGCUAUCAAUGAAAUUGCCUCGCAGCGCGUGCGAGAGUUGGUCGAUGAGCGCGAGGUGAAGAUGUCGGAUAAGGUCGAGCGUGCUGUCACCCAACUACAAGAGAGCUAUCAACCUGAACUCAACUCUACCCAAGAGCAAAUCAAAGCUCUAGAGACGCUGCAAACUAGCUUGAAAGCCUCGCUCGAACGCCUCGAGUCGCAGCAGCAGCAGCAGCACCUACUAACCACCCCUCUUACCUCCCCCCUCGAAGUCAUGCUAGUCUCGCCCACAUCAGACGCCGUCCGUCUUCAAGUCGGCCCCGAGUUUCUUCUAGGUCUGAAAUCCCCCUCCCCGACAACGAUUGCCUCCACAAUGUUGAAACUAGACGCGCGCACGCUGCGCGAAGUUCGCGGGUCCAAGAACUGGGUUUUGAAAGCAGUCAUGGAGCAGGGUGAUCUCGUGUUUGUCAAUGUGAAGCCAGAGAGGACGGGUAAGACGGGGUUUAAGACGAUCGUCAAGGAUAUGGGGAAGGCGGUGUUGGUGUUGGGUGGCCUUGGUGCUGCGGUCGUGGCGUAUUUGCAGGUUGUUGAGAUUUAGGUGUUGCUGAUUUAUUGUGUUGCUAUUAUGCUUGACUAUAUUAUGCCAUUAUUCUUUACUUCAUGAUUAUAAGUACAACUCUCCGCAUUAUUCAACAGACAAAGCCAUUACGAUCCAUCUAUGCGUGGUUUUUAAGAGUAAACAUGUGCUAUUAUU